GCGACUUGUCAUGCCUUUGCUCAUUGUGUUAUUCCGAAUAGAAAGACUUUGUACGGUUACAUACAGCGGGAAAUGAAUUGUAUUUCUAUAAACAUGCAAAGCUCAAAUGAUGUGAUAAAUAACUCACUUAUAUAACGUUUGGGAUAAUAAACUAUACGAAGGUGAGGAAUUGUUAUGUUCGUCCAAUUGACCCAGCAGCUGUAACUGUAUCAGUCUGACAGCCUUAAAGAUAUGAGUGUAAUGAUUAUUUAUUGACAGUCCGAGGUAUUUUUUAACAAGCUUAAAAGUGCCUGCUAAAAUAUGAGAGUAGCAUAAGUCCAGAUGCAUGAUUUGAUCACCAGAUUCACAAGUUCACCAAACAUGAUUUGGCUAAAACGUACCAGGUCGGCAAUCUUUGUGUCUCUGCGGAUAUGUCACCAUGACAACCUAGUGAUGCUAAGGCCCCACAUCAGAAAUGUUUCUCAGCACUCCUCCUACCUGGACACUAGAGGUCACACAUCUUGGCCUCAGUGCUCCAGGCCACAUACCUCCUGCACACUGGCUCUUGGUCUUCAACCCAGAAGAACUGUAACCACAGAGCGGCCGAGCUGGUAUGAGAGCUUUGCAAACUCAACACCUGUGUGCCUGACAGAGCAGCUUCUAGCGUCCACACAGCAGAUGAUGGGACUGCCCUGGUGGGCCAGCAUCGUGUGUACUACACUGGCCCUGCGUACUGCCAUUACUCUCCCACUGGGCAUCUACCAGAUGAUGAUCAUUGCAAAGGUUGAAGCUCUGCAGAAGGAGAUAGCAGAGUUAGCCCGCCAGUUGCGCUUUGAGAUCUCUGUGAAAGCCAAAGAAAAGGGCUGGUCAGAGAAAACAUGCAGGUUCCACUUUAAGAAAAAUCUGAAACGAAUUGUGUCUGAGCUGUAUGUUCGUGAUAACUGCCACCCAUUCAAGGCCAGUUUGCUGAUCUGGGUACAGCUGCCCAUGUGGGUGUGUCUGUCUCUGGCCUUGCGGAACCUCAGUCUGGGAAUGGGACAUGUUCCCCUUGCAUCAGAUCUGGCAACUGGAGGCGAUCUGUGGUUCUCAGAUCUCACUCUCCCUGACUCUACCUGGAUCAUGCCGGUUUCUCUUGGCCUGAUUAACCUGCUCAUCACAGAGAUCUUUGCCCUGAGACAACUAGAACCAUCAAAGUUUCAGAAAUAUGUGACCAACUUCAUCAGAGGAAUAUCUCUAGUGAUGAUUCCUAUAGCUGCCACAGUCCCGUCAUCCAUGGCUCUCUACUGGCUCAGCUCGAGCUGUGUUGGAUUGGGUCAUAACCUGCUCAUGAGGUCCCCUCGUUUCCGGAGGGUCUGCCGAAUCCCUCCAACACGCUCCGACUCUGACACUCCAUACAAGGACAUCGUUGCUGCCUUUGUGGCCAAGUACAUCAAAUAGAUGGAAGUGAGAGAAGCAAAUUAGAGUAUCGACAUGUUAAGAAUAUUUUAUGUGGCCAAAACUUGGAUUUCUGUAUUUGGGGUGGCAAAGUGCAUACAAAAUGAAACUGUCAACAGAGAUGUACUGUAUGGCAACACAGACCACAAACUUUUUUGCCAUAAAUCUAUAUAUGUUGAUGUAAGAAAUUGACGGGAAGCCUCCAAAGAUUAACACAAUGAUUUUAAAGAUAUAAAAAAUUACAACUA